ACAUAUUUCUUAACACAAUUUAACAACUUUAUCUAAGCAUGUUUUAGCUUAACCUUUUUUAAAUCAAUUUGAACAUCUUAAUCUGUGUAAACUGCCAGUUUACACAGAUUCAUUCAGGGUCCCCGACUCUGAAUUUUCAGAGUCGAAUCAGAUCUGCCUUUUCAUUCCAGAGAUUCGACUAUUCGGCGGGGUUUGUUUACCGGCGUUGCUAUGGUGACCUCAAUUAUUAUAAGCAACUGAAAACGAUGCCGGUUUGAAACUAAAACUGUGAUUCUGAAAAAAAUAUAAAUGCUAUAAAAAUUCCGUUCAGAUAGUAUUGAAGAUACAAGUGUGUAGAUUUGUUUAAUGGUUUGAACGAUGGUAAACGGCUGAAAAAUGAAUAAGUUAUUACGAUGUCUAGAAGUAGGUGUAUCAGAAUGGGCUGACGUCUUCAAUGAAAACAGCUGAAAACGAAGCGGUAUGAAACUAAAACUGUGAUUCUGAAGAAAUUUUAAAUGAUAUCGAAAUUCUGCUUAAAUAUUAUUGAAGAUACAAGUGUGUAGAUUUGUUAAAUGGUUUGCACGAAGAUAAACGGUUGAAAAUUGAUUUAGUUAUGUUACUUCUACAGUUGAAGUACGACUGAUGAUUUGAAUCAUCGACUUUCAGGUAUUCUUUCGGGUUUAUUUUUUUCUCACGUCGCGCCCCCCCUGAAGAACUCUGGCGCCCCCCAGGGGGGGCGCGCCCCACAGUUUGAAAGCCACUGCUAUAGAUAAUUGGCCAGACAUUCAGUCAGUGACAGACAGCUAGGGUACAAGAUAACAGCUUGCUAGCUAUGUUUACAACAUUGCUAAAAUUAGCUUAACUAACAAAGUGAUUUCCUUACUUUCAGAAUGAAUGAUUUAGAAGAGAAAGAUGCGUUGGUAGUCAAGCAGGUGGAUGCAGGCAUAAAGUGCAUUUGGAACUGGUCAUGGCUAAAAUCAGAGGCAAAAAUUGAGGUCAAGGGAGCAGAGCACACAUUCCCUUUAGUGGAUGUCUUCAAAAAAAUUAAUAAAAAAGGUUUGGCAAGGUGUAUUCUUUGCCACAAAGAAAUUAAUUAUGCGAACAAGGGCAGCCAUGCUUUGCUAGCACACUGCAAAACAGAACUUCACAAGAAGAAAGUCUACAAUAUAACGACAACGCACAGUGUGGCCCCUAGCUUUCUACCUGAGUCUGAAGCAUCCACCUCAGCUUUACAGCAAGGUCCUGAGAACAUCAGACAGCGAAGUCAGGCAAAACUUCCAACACCCACUGUGAACCGCAUAGCAAAUGCAGAGGCCAUGGUUCUUGGAGUGAUAGCAGAGCAUUCUCUCCCUUUUGCUAUUGCUCCAGUAAUUGUUGAGUUGGCCCAGAGUCUUGCUUUGGACAAAGUGGCUUUGCAGGGAAUUAAGCUAUCUCGAACAGCGGCAGCAUACAAAAUGGUUCAUGGCCUAGGGCGAACCUUCUCUGAGCGGACCUUCUCCAACCUGAGAAGAUUUCCCUUUUCCCUAAACUUGGACGAGAGUACAUCGAACAACAACAAAAAGAUCCUCUCCAUGCUCGUCAGCUACUAUCAUGAUGACUUCAGGAAGGUGAUGGUGGAGCAUUUGGGGUCCCUGGAGGUCAUAAAAGUGAACGCCGCUGCCUUGGAGAGGGUGCUCCGCGAGUUCUUCGAGCAAAACAAAAUACCAUGGAAACAUCUUGUAAGCAUGCUUAUGGACUCAUGUUCGGUCAUGAGGGGCAGCAAGACCGGCCUUGAAAAAAGGAUCCUACAGCACUGUCCAACCCUGCUUGAUAUUGAUGGAGACUCGUGUCACCACAUUCACAACGCAGCGAAGAAGUUUACAGAGCCCUUUGAAUACCAUCUUGAGCAGCUGUUCAAUGAUCUGCAGACAGACCAUCGGUGGUGUCCUGAUCAGGUAAAAAGAAAUGGAAAGAUUUUAGUUCAUUCAUUCAUCAGAUAACUGAUAUCUUUUUUUACAAAUCUAUUUCAUAAUCUCUCUUUAUCAGGUGAUGUACCUCAAGGAGGUAUCUCAAAUUCUGAACAUCCCUGCCUCCAACCCUCAGAGGGGCUUUGUAUCCCAUCGUUGGCUCUCUGCAUAUGAUGCUAGCAUGGCAACCUACGCAAUGCUGCCAGCAUACAAGGUUCUCUAUUUUGGAUUUCUGUCUGCAGAAGACAAGGACCUUUACAAAGAGCC